UAUUCAACUCAACAGCAAGUCAUUGCUACUGAGUCACCAUUUUGUUAAAACUUCUCUUGGGACUAACAUGACAAAAGAAGGUCAAUUCCAGGCUGUAGCGGCACUACAAGGCACCACUAUUGCAUCUGCAACAGCAAAUAAUGGCACAGAACCAGCAAUUCCGGGAGGAGGUGGAGAAGGAGGGAAAGAGAAUGGCUUUUCCAAGUUAAAGGAGAAAUUUAUGAAUGAACUGAACAAAAUUCCAUUGCCACCUUGGGCCUUAAUAGCCAUAGCCAUAGUUGCAGUCCUAUUAAUCCUUACCUGCUGUUUUUGUCUCUGUAAGAAAUGCUUGUUCAAAAAGAAAAACAAGAAGAAGGGAAAGGAAAAGGGUGGAAAGAAUGCAAUUAACAUGAAAGAUGUAAAAGAUUUAGGAAAGAACUUGAAAGAUCAGGAUGAUGAUGCUGAAACUGGAUUGACUGAUGCGGAAGAUAAAGAAGAACCCAAAGAAAAUGAGAAAUUAGGGAAAAUCCAAUACUCUUUGGAUUACGACUUCCAGAACAACCAGCUUUUGGUGGGGAUUAUUCAGGCUGCUGAACUGCCUGCAUUAGAUAUAGGUGGUACAUCUGAUCCCUAUGUGAAAGUAUACCUGCUUCCAGAUAAGAAGAAAAAAUAUGAAACAAAAGUUCACAGGAAGACCCUUAACCCUGUCUUCAAUGAGCAAUUUACAUUUAAGGUGCCGUAUUCUGAACUGGGAGGAAAAACCUUAGUGAUGUCGGUAUAUGACUUUGAUCGCUUCUCCAAACAUGAUGUAAUUGGAGAGUACAAGGUGGCAAUGAAUACAAUAGAUUUCGGUCAUGUGACUGAAGAGUGGCGGGACUUGCAAAGUGGUGAAAAAGAAGAGCAAGAGAAGCUAGGAGACAUCUGCUUCUCUCUCCGCUAUGUGCCUACUGCUGGCAAGCUGACUGUUGUCAUCUUGGAAGCAAAGAAUCUGAAGAAGAUGGACGUGGGAGGCUUAUCAGAUCCCUAUGUGAAAAUUCAUCUGAUGCAAAACGGAAAACGGCUGAAGAAGAAGAAGACAACAAUUAAGAAGAAUACUCUGAAUCCCUAUUACAACGAGUCUUUCAGCUUUGAAGUACCAUUCGAGCAAAUCCAGAAAGUGCAAGUUGUUGUGACUGUUUUGGACUAUGACAAGAUUGGCAAGAACGAUGCCAUUGGCAAAGUGUUUGUGGGCUACAACAGCACUGGUGCGGAGCUGCGACACUGGUCAGACAUGUUGGCCAAUCCAAGGCGACCCAUUGCACAGUGGCACACCUUACAGCAAGAGGAAGAGGUAGACGCCAUGCUUGCAUCCAAGAAGUAGAAGGAAAAGGAAAUGAGAGAAGACGCCUUUUCUGCAUUUGCCCAUAUAGUGCUCUUUAGCCAGUAUCUGUAAAUACCUCAGUAAUAUGGGUCCUUUUCUUUCCAGCCAUGCAUCCCCAACACAGAUCAGUGGUACUUCAAAUCUUGUUUUUAUUUGCACAAUUUUAAAUGUAGAAAGCCCUAUAAGGCCCUCCAUCUCACCACUGCCCCCAGAUCUACUCUUCUUUUAAGCAAUAUGUGUAGAUAGAGCAUGACAGAAAUUAUUUAUUGUAUCACACAGUUGUACAUACCAGUAUGCUAAAAAAAAAAAUUUAUUUCUAGUCUGUUCAUUUGUAUGUUGUAAGCGUUUCCUAAUCUGUGUAUAUCUAGAUGUUUUUAAUAAGAUGUUCUAUUUUAAAUUAUGUAAAUUGACUGAGAUAUAGGAGAGCUGAUAAUAUAUUAUAGGGUAAUUAUCGUAUCGUCUGCAUUCCAGCAAAAAUUCCAACUUGUAAGGCACUAGUAGUGUUACACUGACAUCUUAAAGGACAACUUAAAUCUGAGCGUUCAAGUGAACCAUUAAAAUAUCAAGAUAUGCUCACACGGUGCUCCACGAAGGGGCAAAUCCCAUUGAUAGACUGUUCUUGUGGGCAACUUAGCAUGAUCUGAGCAGCUCCAUGGCUGACCUCAAGGAAGCGUAGCCAAAAGCCAGUACACCAAUUUUUUUCCCUUGUAUAUAUAUAUUUAUAUACAAACAAACCGAAAGCAUGGCUUUACACUUAGCAAU